CUGCCCACGACGCUUCCCUCCCAAAUUCCCCUUUCAAAACAAGGAAGGCCAAAAUUUCUCCCCCCCGAAAUAAAGCAUCCAAUGGCCAUGGAGGGCGGCGCUGAGGCGGCGGCGGCGGUGGGCUACUACGGCGGCAACUGCGGGUGGGAGACGCCGAAGCGGGAGGAGUGCCGCAUCCCGGCGACGCUGCCCUGCCCCGCGGCGCCGAGGAAGGCGGCAGCGGACUUCGGCACGCCCCGGCGCCCGCCCAAGAACGGCUACUUCCAGCCACCGGACCUCGAGGCCCUCUUCGCGCUCGCCCCGCGCCGGCAGGCGUCUUGCGCGUGAUUCUGCCCGCUUCGGCGGCGGCACGCGGCGGCCGGCCGCGGAGGGCUCUGUUUUGGGUCGAUUUUGGGAAGUGUAGAUACUCAGCCAGUUUCUCCUCUGUUGUACUAGUAGCGGUAGCGGAUUAGGUGUGUUCUAGGGAGUGGUAGUAUGUAGCUAGGUAGGUGGGCAGAGGAACUGAUAUGAGCGGGGAGCUGAUGAGCAUAUGGUUUUUGUAUCGGCUGGAAUGAGAAAUCCUUAUUUGUUUCUUGGCA